AUGGAAAAUAGACGUAGAUCAGCAAGGUUAGCUAAACCGGAAGCACCCAAACCAUCUUCUCCACCUUCAAAAUCACCAGUCAAAGAGGUAAAGCCUAAGAAGCUGCCAAAACGAUCGAAUUCAGCUGCUGGAUCUAAUGAACAAGCUUCUCCUUGUAAGGUUUUAUGUUUUUAUUAUUGUUUAGGUUAUGUUUUAGUGAAAAUAGACUUUAAUUUAGCUUUUAAAUUAAGAAAAGUUAAAGUUUCGUUCUAAAAGUUCUUUAAAAUUGAAGCUUUGAUAAAAUUAUACUGUUUUAGCCAAAAAGCUAAAACCAGCAGAGCCAACUGUUACUAAAUCUGAAGCCACACCGUCAACUAGCAAGAUUACGACUCUUGACAAGAAGAUACAGCUGCAAUUUGCGAAGAAACAGACAACAGUUCGAGAUGUUGUUUAUGGAAGGAAGAAUAAUCCUAUUGUGCUGUCUGAUGCUGAAGUUGAGGAGAAACGUAAGAAUUUAUUAGUAUUUUUUGAUGUUUAGGCAAGCAAUAGAUAUUUACAAUUUUUAUGUCAAAUUUGCAGCAAGAUAACUGGUUUAGGAUUAAGGAAAAGGCUUGUUUUUUAGAGCCUACUGCAACAUAGAUGCAGAGUGUAAUUUUAAUUGUAACUUUUUGAACUUUAUAGCUGAGACUGUGGAAUUUUAUCAGGACGUAGAAUAUAGUUUUUUACAACUAUUGUAAAAGGAAAAUUUAUGAAUUUUUCGACAUAACUUAGGUUUUUAUAUUGUUUCAGGUCCAGCAGCACCUUCAGAAGAAACCAAAAAGCGGCCGUAUACUCGUCGACCCGAACCGAAAGAUUCUGUUUUAGAACGCUCUGACGAAGUUUCAGAUUUGCUUCGAAAGGUGGUAGACGCCACUCAUGGCACUUCCUACUCCACCAGCGCACCAUCAAAAACAAAAUGUUGUGAACAACAGGUUCAAGUGGCUAAAUAUGUGAAAUCAGCAUCAAGGCAACUGAAUAAAUUGCCACAACUUGCGUCCAAGUGUAAUGUGAAUGCGAAUAUUGAUUUGCAUCGUGUAAUUGGCAAACUUCAAAAGGAUGCCGACAACUUUGAACUGUAUGCAAACCAUGUACAUCAACAAGCGCUAAGACAAUAUAACAAGAGAAAUGGGAGUAAAGACGAGCAACUUCAGGCUCAUGAGAAUGAUGUUUACGGGAUAUACAAUCUGGCAGUGAAGAAAUGGUCGUAAGUUUUUAAAAAUUAAUAGUUUUUAUGAUUUUAGGUAACAAUUUGGACUUUUGAGUUUUUGAUCGAUUUUUAUGGAUAACGUCGACUUUUUAUUGAGUUUCUAACAAUUUUAAUAAUUUCAUUUCCUAGUGAGUUCCCAGAAGAUGUAAUGGACAAUGUAGAUCCACCCCACAACUGUCAAAUGGUCGAUUUCCUUCGACAAGCCCUAAUACGAAUGGAAUCACAAAUGAAGCUGCAGUGGAAUGUCCUCAAGACCUACAAACAAGAAGCAAUGGAGAAGAAUGAGCAAAUUCAAAAGAAAGUUAUUCGAAUUCAAGACUUGACCUUAAGGUUACAUGCAGUUGAAGGUGGAGAAGGUACUGCUGAUGGGAGUUCAACUUUUACCACAGGCUAUUCGAAUUCAACAACGGAAAAGGCUUUGAAAUAUCAAGAGAGGUUAAGGUGAGUGAGGUUUUUGUUUUGUAAAGAAAGUUCUUGCCAUUUUAUGUUUUGUAAAGAAAGGUCUUGCCAUUUUUUGAUUUGUAAAGAAAGUUCUUGCCAUUUUUUGUUUUGUAAAGAAAGUUCUUGCCAUUUUCUGAAUUGUAAAGAAAGUUCUUGACAUUUUUUGUUUUGUAAAGAAAGCUCUUGCCAUUUUUUAUUUUGUAAACAAAGUUUUAGCCAUUUCAUCGAAAUAUGCUAAUAAAAGUGCAAAGAAUUAAAAGGAAGCGCUAAAAAAGUCAUUUUGACUGUGCUUUAGUCAAUUUUGUGAUUUGUUACCUAAUUUGUAAUGCAAAUCUUAUCAGUAUUACAAUACAAAGCUUGUAUUGUUAAUGUCAGGAACAACUUUUUAAGCCGUAGCUUAUUUUCAGGAACAUUAUGCGAGUGUGCUUCCCUCAAUGUGAUAACAUUGACAUUCGAAAACUCUUUGAUGAUACAUAUCCAGCUCAAAAAUGA